AUGGCAGAUAUACAGGGUCUGAGAGAACAGAUUGCUGCAAACUUCAAGUUCAUGAAGCUGCAAGCUGAUAAUCCCGAAAUUGUCAUCUUGAAGAGAGGACAAGGUUACCACGCUGUAAUAGCUGAGACUGACCGCGUCAAACACGCUCUCACGAUGGAACGGCCAAUGCCUACAGUCAUAGCUGCUCUGGAGUAUCUCCUCGAUAUGACCUCAGAGCACCUGGGCAAUAUCCAUGAUACAUUCUUUACCGACCGUGCCACUCCUCCCACCCAGUUCGGCGAGAUUGUAGAAAACGAUCUCUUUCUCAGCGCCGGCAGUUAUUACAGACCCGACUUGACACCUGACGAGACCCCUGAGUCUUCUCCCUCGACAGCUGAGUCAAUCCGUGAAUCCAUCGAACGCGAAAGCUCUGAGCAGGUAUCUGCCGGAAUCACACCCCCUCCGACAUGUUCAAGUGUCGCUCUUGCAAACCGGUUACCAACACCCUUUGCAAGUUCAAGUCCCUCCCCUGGCCGAGCUCGACCUCCCAGGCGGCGUGCUUCCGAGAUGGAAGCCAUUGAUACGGAUGAUACAGCACGAGAAAACACCUUGCGUAGGAGUACACGCAUCCGGCAUAUGCGAGAUCAGUAA